AUGGCAGCACCAAGGUACGUCCCAUCCAUCCAACUCCCCGUGACCCUACCUACAUAUCACCUACUUACUGAGGAAACACGCAGAGCCACCCAAUUCAUCGCCCUCCGCAACCUGGCCCGCGGCAGCCACCAGGCCCGGCAACUCCACAUGACCGGCCCAACCACCUAUGCCUCUCCCAUCAUCACCAAAGAACGCCCCCUCCAACUCCCCCGCGACAUUGCCGGUCUCCGGGCAGAAUGCAAGAAACGGAAUCUCGAAAUCGCAGGCUCCAAGAAUGAUGUACGCCCCCCACUCAUUCAUCCAUCCAUCCAUCCAUUCACUCAUUCACUCCACCUCCUUCCCCUAUCACAUGGAAGAAACACAUGAAGACCCCCCCAAAGACUGACUCGCACCUCUACCUGAUCAUUCCAGCUCCUCUCCCGCCUCGAAGCAGACGUCCUCGCCCACAACCGAGCCUUCACCACCGCGGCCAACAGACGCCCAUCCCCACCAUCCCAAUCCCCCUCCUCCUCCUCCCCCCCCACCCGCGACUUCAACACCUCCCGCACCCUGAAAUCCACCAAAGACUCCUCCCCCAUCGACUUCGCCUACUUCCCCACCCUCGCCCCCGCCACACCCCCGGACAUCCUCCUGCCCAUGCGCGUCCCCAUCCUCCCCACCACCACCACCACCACCACCACCACCACCUCCUCCGUCCCCGCCGACAUCAUCGCCGAAGAAGAAACUCUCAUCGUCAAACCCCAAAUCUCCACCAUGUCCAUGGACCGCGUCUUCCUGCCCGCCACCGAGAUGACGGACGGCGACGGCGCCGGCAUCGAUUUCCACGCCCUGGCGGCUAGGGUUGGCGAUGGCGUGAAGAAGAUGCGCGUGCCCGUCGAGGAGCAGGCGGGUUUGAUGAGGAGGAUUUGGAGUGAUAUGGUGGAUGAUGUGUUCGCGGUGAAGAAGGAUGCGACGACCACGACGACUGCUUGA